GCAUUUACAUUUACCAUCUCCUCCAUCCUCUUCACUUCGCUCCCUCGAAACCCAAAAAACGAAAAAAUAAAAAAAGGGGAAAAAAAUGAGCUCUGAAGAAACCCCAAAUUCUCCUCCUCCAUCGCCCUCUCUCCUCAUCCUCCCUCGUCGCGAAUCCUUCGACUACGGCCUCCUUCCGAUCCCCAACCUCAUCUUCAACGACGGAACCCUAACCCUAAUCCCUUUGCGAGACAAGCUCCUCUCGGUUUCCCCUCGCGUCGACGCCCAAACCCUAGCCGAAGCCCUCCAGAUCUCGAUCGGAGACGCGGAUCUCGUGAUCGAGACUUUGUUCUCGGUUCUGCCCGCAGAUCCAGGGAAUGGGGACGAACGGGGUGUCGAUGUUCAUGAUCUGCUGGUGUUUUUGUACGUGCAGAGCUAUAAGAGGCUUGUUACCAGGCCGCAUAAGGAUGCGUCGACUGUUGCUACGUCGAUGUCGGCGUUUGACGGGUGCUUGUCGGCGUUGUCGCCGUUACAGCUUGUACGCAGUAACAGCCGUCGAUUUAUGCCAUCACAAUCUGAUGAUGAGGCCCACCAGUUAUCAUUCCUACAGAAGCAUAUGGCAAACAUACUCACUCUGUUGGCAGAUCCUGUUGAUGGAGAUGAUGAAUCUCUGGUUAUAACAGGAGAGAGGUUUCAGCACCUUGAUUUACUUGUUCAGUUUGUUGAAAAUGGUUGUGAAGUAGUACCAUCUAGCAAGGCAGUUCCUUUCUUUGUAAAUUCAGAUCCGGACAUGCUUGCUGUUCCUGCGUCUGCUGCCCAAGUUCUUGACUGGGUUUUGCAAAAUAUAGCGACUUCAUUGGAGAAAGUAUUAGAGAAUACGCCAACUAAAGAGAAUGGCUCGACCAACACAUUAGAUCUGGAUAUGGCCACGGCUGAUGCCUCCAAGGCUAACAGCACUGCAUUUUCCAGAAGUCAGACAUUUGUAGAGGGUAUCUCCAAAACUUCCGUCGUCAAGCAGUCUAGUGAUAUCAAGGGGCAUUCUGUAAAGGUUUUAAAUUGCCAGGACUCAGUAAUCUACAUACUAGCUCCUUUGAAAUAUGCUACUGUUUACGGAUGUUCUGAAUCAACAAUUGUUCUUGGUGCUGUUGGUAAGGUUGUAAGAGUGGAGCAUUGUGAAAGGGUUCAAGUCAUAACAGCUACAAAGCGAAUAUGCAUUGCAAAUUGUCGUGAUUGCCUAUUUUUCUUAGGUGUUAAUCAGCAGCCACUUAUUAUUGGAGAUAAUCAUAAAUUACAGGUAGCCCCAUACAAUACAUUUUAUCCACAGCUGGAGGAGCACAUGGCUCAAGUUGGCAUCAAUGCAACUGUUAACAGAUGGGCUGAGCCCCGUGCACUAGGAAUGGUUGAUCCCCAUGAUUCACUCUCUCAUCCUGCUGGGGUCUCUGAUGUUCAAGCUGAGUCUGCUACUUGUCUUGACCCAGACCAGUUCACAAACUUUGUGAUUCCAAAACUUUUUGGUGCUGAAUCAACAAAGCCUACCAAAGAUAACCCAUUUCCCUUGCCUGAGAGUUAUAUUGAAUCCCAGAAGAAAACGCACUCAGUCUUGUGUGACAUCCAACAAGUCAUUAGAAAUGCACAACUUGAGGAGAACAAGAAACAGGAAGUGUCAUCUGCUCUUCAUGUACAUUUCAAAGAUUGGUUGUAUGCUACUGGGAACAUCCGCCAGCUUUACUGUCUACAAUGAUUUGAUCCGAUGUGGUCCUGUUGAGGCUUAAACCUUUCCAUGAAAAGAAAGCUUUUUGUAAAGUUAGCACCGUCUGCAACUCUUUUCCACAAGCAUUACAUCUUUUGCGUUCACUUCAGUCUUCGGUGAACUAUCUGUGUUGUACAAGUAAUGGACAUCGAUCUGGGUGCAGAUUUUAUUGUAAUCCCCUCCUUCCCUUUAACUCCCCCAUUGUUGAGCGUAAUUUUUUGUUAUUGGCUACAGGGAGAGCAUUCAUCUGAGAAUUUGAAGGUGGAUGUAUUUGUUUCAGUAGAGUGUAGUCCUAUAUAUGUGAAGGUGCAGAUAGCUGCACUGACGAACAUUCUCAUUUCUUGUUCACAAUAAUUAAAAAAAAAGCAAGUCUUAACUUAAAUUCUCCUGAAAUGCAGAAUUUCUUCUUGUGAUGUA